AUUGGAUUAUUGUCUCAUCGACGAGUGAAUACGUGUUCUUUGCGAGUUUAUAUGCGUCAUGAUCGCGGACGUUGAUUCUCCGUUAAAGUGUCAGAAUCAACGAAUAACGUUUUGUCGUCGGGCAAGGUGACGGAAGGAAGUUUCUAGUUACAACAAACAAUCGUUUUAGAGAGUAAUUUCCGUGAGAAUUAAAAAUGGGGAAUUCUAAUCAGAAGAUGAAACGGAAGUUACGGGGGAAAGGAAACAGGAAGCGUGGCAGCAACGACAACGUUCAAAGUAGCGAGAACUCGACUACAAAAAGCGAGGAAUACAACGAUCCGGAAUUGAUCAUCUUGAGGAAAUGUAUCGAACGGAAUCCCGAGAUGUUCGUAUUGAACAAUCUCAUGAUGUGCGUCCAAUUCUUUGGAAAUUACGAAGAAGAAAUCAAGCAGGUGAAGGAAAUUAUGGUAUCGUCGCGCGAGAUGCAAAUGAACGAACGUUUGCCUCCUCAAAAGCACGUGCUGCUUCCAGACAUUCUUCAGGAGCACAUCGCUCGUCACCUCGGUUUCACUUCCAUGCGACAAUCCUUUAGGCCAACCAUCGAACCUUUGCAGCCGGUUCGAAUUUACAUGGUUCACGAUAACGUUGACAUCACGGAGGAAGGUUAUCCGUCACACUAUAGUCAUGUGAACGAUACAACUGUAUAUAACAUAUUGUUGAAACCAACGAAACAACAAGGUUCUGUGCAACUGCAGGUUCUUGACAACUUUAUAGCGUCGAGGAAAGACGACGUGGACCUAACAUCGAUAGCAGAGGACGACGACGAACUAUACAGCGAUGGUAGCAUUUACAGUCCAAAAUCUCGAUCGAAUUUAUCUGUCCACUCAGUCAGUUCUAGCAAAUCUAAACCAGACAUGGUUAAAAGCUUCAAGCAUACGAGAUCUUUGCCUAAUCUGUGUGACGAGGAAGUCGGGAAUGGUAGCUUUUUACAUUCCAAUCGUAGUAGGAAAAUUGCAGAGGAGCCUGUUUACGAUAAUGGGUCCUCCGAUGCGGAAGAAAGAAAACGUUCGAACAAAAGACCACAGACGAAGGAGGAAUUACUGAACCGAGAGAGUCGUCGAUGGGAGAAACAAGUGCCGCGACAAAAGAUCCAAGGACCGAACAAUCAAGAUCCCACGAGCAGCAACAGUUCCGGAUAUCGAUCCGAUAAUUACGCAUAUAGCAGCGAUAGCAGUUGCAAUCCGAGUCGGAACUUCAAAUUCUCUCAGAGCUCUAGCUACGACGAGCUGGACGAAUGUUGGAUAACGAACGGAGAGUUUCCGCGUCGUUGUUUCAAGAAAGUCACGUAUACGGCCGAUGGGAAUCUCUACGAUCCGAAAACAGAGAAGUUGCAAAAGCUGGAUCAUCAGCAACGAAGAAUUAAAAUGGCCUUGAACCGGUACAACUAUAAUUUGUUUUAUAUAAGCAGCACUGAGUUUAUGGAACACUUUAUGAAACUGUUUAUGCAUGGGUUGGGGAAGUCGUUGAAUUUUGAUCCGGAAUCCGUGAACAAUACCAAACGAGAAGGGUGCGUGCUCUAUUGUGACAAAAUCAUGAUCGCGAAAACGUUGAAGCACAGUAAAGUGGAACAAUACGAGAUCAUCCCUGCAAUUUGGUUGGAGUGGCCUAUCUGCGCUCAAGAAUGGCUGGUGAGGACACGACAUACUUGGCCAAAUAACAACGACGUGGAGAAGGUUAAAGACUUUGGAUGCUACGUCGUUCCGGAAGGCUUCGUGCCGAGGAAUGGAAAUAUCAAUCUCAUCGAGGAUCUGCAAUGGCAGCUGACGUUCCCGGCAGCCGAAAGAUACCUCGAAACAUGCAUGACACAGGCCCAAAUACAAGUGUAUUUGAUCGCUCUGAUGCUUCACAAGACUUUCCUCAGACCUAUUUUUGAUACUAUGUUCGGUCUAACCACUGCUCAUAUCAGGCACAAAUUAUUUUGGAUGAUCGAAGAGAACGCGAACCCAUCGAAAUGGCCAGAUAGUAGAUUGGGAGAGUGUUUGUUGGUGCUUCUGAAUUCUUUGUAUUACAACAUUAGUCAAAACGAACCUAAGCUUAACGAUUACUUCAUCAAAAGUAGGAAUCUCUUUCAGAGGGUACCCUGUGACCAUUUGCUGCACACGCAGAAGCAAUUGAAACGCAUCACAGAGAAUCCGGUAAUGUACGUUUUUCAUGCGAUGGAAAACAUUCGGUACAGUAACGAUUUCUUCCCGAGGUUGGACUACGAGAUGUUACUGAAGAUAUUGACGGCUGACACGUUGACGUUGGUUAAUCCGAAACUGACUCAACACGUUCCGACUUUGAUGUAUCAAACGUACGAGGAUCCUACCGAGCAAAAUGAAAGAUACGAUAUGAAGGGCUUUUGGGAGACGGCGAAGAAACAAGGACACAAAUCAUCCGUCAAGUUGAUCACCAAUAAGUCGUUAAUUGUCCCUCGCAAGGCCACCGACUCUAUCAUCGAAAUCGCUACACGUUGCGCUGACUUAGAGGGACCGAGGUUGUGCAUUCUUUUAGGCUUCUUCAUACGGCAUUUCAUUCAAAUUGCCGAACGAUGUCAUCAGUACCAAGCACAUCGACAGAAAAAGAUGUACCUUGAUCACGCGGACAGGCUAUCCAUAUUACUUUUCGAGCGUCAAAGAUAUACGGAAGAUGCGCUAGCUUAUCGCGACAAGAUCAAAGUUGUCAGGAAGAAAGUAGCUGUUUCCGAACCAGGAAAUCAACCGCCAGAUACUCCGGAGAGAAAUCAAAAGAAACCCAUAUACGUUGGAUCGUUGAACAAUCGUUUCACGCAAAAAUCAAAUUCGUCGAAUCAAGUUCGCCAGAAAAACACUGAGCCAACUCCUAGGCCGAGCGUGAAAUUGCCAGAAAAACAAGUUAAUGUUCAAGAUGUUAAAGUAAUCGUUCAUGAAAGGCAUUACGAAGAACCGAACGAAUUAAAUUUAGAAGUUACGAAUGAUAAGGUGGCCGCUCAAAGUUCAAUAAGCGAAAAUCAUGUGUCAAAAUUGAAAACCGACGAACGUCAGCCAAACAAACCGAUACUUCGUCUUAAAAAACUUUCAGGAAGUGAAUCCACGUACAUUUAGAAGCUAACAUGCACAACUAAUUCCUUCGUUACCUAAUAAAUUUCUCAACCUUUUGCAAGUAAUCUGUAAUUUAUUGUUAUUUAAUAUUAUUUAUACUUGCAGAUGAUUGAACGCGAUACUUAAUUGCUUAUCUAGAAAAAUUAAUCGCAUAAGUAGAAGUCCAUUUAUCUGGACUAAUUGGAGGACGGAAAGUUUACUUAGGGUAUCCCAGGUUUCUUUGAACCAAAUGGUGUUAGUGUAUUGUAUAAGUACGACUAUAACAAAUAAACGAACCUCUCGGUUGUUAAACUGAU